AUGGCAAGGUUUGCCGUGAUGGUGUCUUAAACAGUGUGUCUCGGGACUGGCGAUUAGAAAGUCCUUACACAGAACGGGGAUAUGUAACUGAUUGAAUUGCGUCGCCGUAGAAUCCCGAUGGCGCCGUUAACUGUGGAGUCGUUUGUGGAGAAUUCGACUCGGCUGCGGAACCAGCUGAGAGCGGCGGAGCUGGCCUGGCAGCGCUGGCUGUCCGAGGACGCUCAGCAGGAGCUCCGUCAGCAGUUGCGCCCUGCCUCUGCGUCUCAGCCGCCGGCCGGCGACGGCUGCCGCCAGCUGGUCGGACAGGUGAACCGUGUGCGCCAGCGGGUGAUCCGACUGCGCGAGCUGUGCCAGCCGCCGCUGCAGCGCUCCGACCUACCCGUCAUUGAGCGGCUGGCCGAGAGCGUCCGACAGCAGGCGGUCAGCGUGUCCGAACGCUGCGCCCAGCGGCGCAAAGAGCUCGACCAGGAGCAGACGGCGCUGGAAGGAGUGCUGGACGGACUCUGCGAGCGCAUGCGCCGCUGGAAACUGGAGAGUCAGCGGCGGCCGGCCAGCGCACCUGCCGUACACGCGCCCAGCCCGCCGCCGCCGGCGCUGACCGCUCAGAACGAGGCGGUGGCCGCGUAUGAUGCGUACCUGGCACAGCACGGUGGUCCGACCGGCGGGUGGGACGCAGACGACCACGCACUGUUCCUGAAGCUGCGCACGCGACACCGCUCGGUCGCUCGACAGUGUCGUGCCAUUGCUCACAAGAUGACCAACAAGUGUAUGUCGGAGGUGGUGCAGCACGUGCAGUGGUACGAGCGUCUCCAAGAGCUGGCCGAGCGGCGCCGGCAGGCCAUUGCCGAGUGGAGGGCGUCCAGGACCGCGCAGACGGCGGCUGCCGUGUCAGCAGGGCCCACAGACGGAGACGGAGCCCCCGGCGGCGGCUCCGUCAAACGACCCCGCCGCCGGCCCCGGCCCCGCUCCCGGCCAGCGAGACAUACCCGGCCUCCGGCGCCGGUGGCUCCCCCGCCCCCUCCGCUGCCGCUGGUGGUGUCUCAGAGAAAGGAGCGCGAGCUGGCGGCGCAGCGGGCGGCGGCCGCCGAGCUGCGCCGCCGCCGCGCGCAGCAGCAGCAGCUGCACGCGCGCCAGCAGCAGAUGGAGCAGCAGCGGCAGCGGCAGCUGCGCGCCCAGCUGGCCGCCAACGCCCUGCCCGUCUUCCGUCAGCGUGACGCGCUACUGACGGAGCGCCGCAGCGCCGCCCGCCAGCAGCGCUCGGCGGCGGCGGCGGCGGUGGCGCGGCCCCGCAGCGCGCCGGCGACCACCCGGCCGCGGUGUCCUGCCCGACUGCUGGCAGACACCAGCUCCAGCCUGCGCCGGCGCCGGUGGCAGCCGAACGGGGAGACGGCCGCGGCCGGCCCGGUCACCGUUGGCCUGGCGGCUCUCCCACGCAGAGCAGUGCCCGCCUGGCGGGCCGGACUGUGACACACGGCGAAGGUCACUGCGGGCUCGCGCGAGCCGCCGCCGCGCAGCUGCUUGUUAGUGGAGUCGAUACGGGUUGAAGCCGCGACAUCAGCACCCUGUGUAGGGCAUGCGGCAGUUCAAGAGAGCAAUGCCAUCAACCGAGUUAGUGAAAACCACAGCCCAUAGACACCCUUCGUUGAAUCAAUGCUGGCGCAUAAGACUCCGUCUCGAGAGUGGGAGAAGACCAUAUGUACUAAUAGCAGGAGAGCCAGUCAGUCAGAAUUGUUCUUUCUGACGGCAAGUGACGCCAGUGACUGACUCUAAUUGAGUCUAUCAUGGCGGUGUUCUACUGAACUGGGGGAGUUGGGUGGUUUUUAUCGUCUAUGGCGGAGUUACGGCUGUAUGGGAAGUGUUGCGUCUUCACGGUGCUUCUAAGUAGCUGCCUUCCUAAAACAUUGGCUGUGUUGAAUGUUCUCAUAUAUGCACGCGUCAGCAAGCACUGUAAAUAUGUGGCUGUCAAGUGUCAUUGCAUUUCCUUAAAUUACUUAGUGAUAAAUAAUACUAUUUUCAUAUCACCCGUCAUCCAUUAUCAAGAAUCAUCACGAUGCUCAAAUAUAUUUACUUUUUGCAA